AAAAUAAGAAAUCAGGAAGGGAGCAAACACUUUUUCACACCACUGUAUACUUUAUCUACUUGUUACCAGCAGCUACUGUACAUGAUGCAUAGACUGACAGAUUCAAACAUCAUCUAUUUAUAGUUACACCAUUACCUUGUAAAGAAAUUCCAGCUAUCCUAUCACUUUAUACACAUUUCACUGUAGCUGGGUUUUACAUUCUCAGAAAAUGUGGAUAAUUUGGGACCAACACAAGAAUAAAUUUAAAAAAUGAGUAAGCAUUUUUACCUAGACGAACUGGCUAACAUUAAUUUGUAAUUAUGGACCAACCAGUGGAUGAUGUAGGGUAGAAGUGGUUAAAUAAAUAGGUUUUAAUCCAACGCAAUCUCACCAUGCUCUUAGUAUACAACAGCAUGCUGACAUUUCUCUAACUGUUGCACUCAGGAGACUUUUGGGACAUAAAACGGGGUCACAGCCUGUCAAUGAACUUUUCUGAAAGUCAUCCUCUCACAAGUUGGGCCUAAGCCAUUUUGGAGCUCUAAAAGUGAUUUCCCAUCAGGGUUUACCCUCCACCUAAUAAUUUCUCCGCCUUAACAAGACCACUGACAUCACAAGUACACAAGGAUUUUAAAACACAAUCUCUUUUUGGAACAUAUUGUCUUGAAACUGGGCACAAGUUAAAUAAGCUAAUAAAAUAAAGGCUUUAAAUAGAAAAGUGCCUUGAACUUAAUUACAGUGAAUGUAUUUGUAUGAUUGUUACAGAACUGGGCUGCAUGCAGGGAACUAAGUGGGAAGAAUGUGAGUUGAAUCCUUGUCUUCUUUUCAUUUCCCUAUUUGUAGAUGAUUUUUGAUUUUUAUCAACUAUUUAUUUAGUUUUAAUUACUCAUACAUAAAUUAAUAGCACAAUUUCUCAAUUCCUCAUUUUACUGGUGAAAGUUUGCAGCACCCUGGCCAAAUGUGGAACAGGAAAUAAAGGUGUGAAGAGGACAUAAAUCCACACAUUCCUGUGAAAUGGCUUCAGGCAAACUUAUAAUAUGUUAUAUAUAGGUGUUAGGGUUCUUAUACUUUUUAACAAGUGUUUAAGAUCAGCAUUGUAUUUCUGAAUUAGCAGCUAUACAAAACAAGGCCACAUCUAUAAUUCUUUCAUCGAAUUUGAGAAAUCAGCCUGUGGAAUCCCCUCAACACAACCCAUUAUAGUAAAACGUUAUCUACCCAUACUAAUGUACAUUAAAGGAAUAGUCAUAACAGGGGAAUGGAACAUAGAUUAACUUUUUGCUAAAGAACUUGUCAUUGGAAUGGUGGGUACUGUUUAUGAAAAGAUUUUGUGAUGUCAUAAUGAUCCAUUCUAGAAUCCUGUCAUGACCUGUGUGAGUGGACACAAUUCUCACACACAACUAGAGACCCUUGUUGAGAGUCAGGAGAGAAACCUGCACCUAAGAUAUAAAGAAUACAAGUUCACAUACUGAAGAGCAAAGAUGAAUCAAAAUAGCUCAGUGUGUAAUGAGCUCCGUCUGGAACAACAGCUUUGUGACGCGGUGAUCAAAGUGGACAACGUUGAAUUUCAUGCGCAUAAGGUCAUCCUUUGUAACUACAGCUCCUACUUCAGAGCCCUCUUUACCCACUGGUCAACCCCAGACAGUCGGGUCUUUGACAUUCCCAAUGUGUCACCUGACAUGAUGAAGCUCAUCAUUGAGUUUGCCUACACAGGCUUUGUUCCUGUGACACAAGACAAUAUACAAGAGCUUUUUAUAGCAGCAGACCGAUUCAAUGUAAAGGGCAUCAUACAAGCCUGCAGUGACUUCCUGGAGGAGCAGCUUGCCCCACAGAACUGCAUCGGCAUCUGGUGGUUCACAGACGUCUACUACAACCCUGAACUGAAACACAAGGCCUUCAUCUUCAUGCUGAAUCACUUUGAGGAGGUUGCUGCCACCUCAGAAGAGUUCCUACUGCUCUCUCUGGAGGAACUUGUUAAAAUCAUUGAGAAUGAUCAACUCAAUGUGAAAAAGGAAACAACGGUGUUUGAGGCCAUCCUUCGCUGGAUUGCCCAUGCAUCUGAGGAACGCAGAGAAUACAUCUCUCUGCUUUUGUCAAAUGUCAGACUGGCUUUGAUGAGUCCAGAAUACAUCAUAGACAGCGUAUCAGAAAACGAACUGGUGAAGGCAAGUGAAGAGUGUCGACCAAUUCUCCUCAAGACCUUGGAGGCUAUGCUUGACCUCCGAACACGGAGGUACUCUGACUCUGUUUUCUGUAACUCUUUGGCCCGCCCACGACUGCCCCCUGCCAUCCUGUUAGCUGUUGGAGGAUGGAGUGGUGGCAGUUCCACCAAUGGCAUCGAGGCGUACGAUGUCCGUGCUGACCGCUGGGUUAAUGUAACUAACAACAAUGUGGAGGCUCCCCGGGCCUACCAUGGUGCUGCUUUCCUCAAUGGAUCACUUUACUGUGUCGGUGGCUUUGACAGUGUUGAACAGUUCAGCACUGUGCACAGGUUUGACCUGGUCACACACAUCUGGCAGGAGGUGGCGCCAAUGCAUUCAAGCCGCUGCUAUGUCAGCGUAACUGUGAUGGACGGGUACAUAUACGCCAUGGGAGGUUAUGAUGGACAUGAUCGACUCGAAACUGCAGAGCGCUAUCUGCCCAGUACCAACCAGUGGACUUUAAUUGCGCCCAUGCACGAGCAGAGGAGUGACGCCAGUUGCACAAUCCUCCAUGGGAAGGUGUACAUUUGUGGUGGCUUCAAUGGGACCGAGUGCCUCUCAACGGCUGAAUGUUACAACCCAGAGACCGACCAGUGGUCCCUGAUUGCCUCUAUGGGCAACAGGCGCAGUGGAAUUGGGGUCAUCGCCUAUGCAGACCAUGUCUUUGCAGUUGGCGGUUUCAAUGGAACCAGCCGUCUGCGUACUGCUGAGGCCUACAACCCUCACACCGAUACCUGGCACGCUGUGCCCUCCAUGCUGAACCCCCGCAGUAACUUCGGCAUCGCAGUGAUCGAUGACCGCCUCUUUGUGGUCGGGGGCUUCAAUGGCUUCACCACCACCCUUGACAUCGAGUGCUUUGAUGUCGAAGCUGGUGAGUGGUCUGAUGUCCGUGACAUGGAGAUCUCCCGCAGCGCCCUGAGCUGCUGCGUGGUGUACGGACUCCCCAACAUGGCCGAGUAUGCUGCCCCUCGCCCCUCCUUGUAAUUCUGAGAUGAGGAGGAGAAUGAAGUGGAGUGAUGAAGCUCCAUCUGACUAUGACUAAAUAAAUGUCUCUAUGCAUGAAA